AUGAAGUCCCCGAUGAAAGGAAAGUCUCCUUAUAAGAAGUCCCCUCACAAGAACAAAUCUCCUUUUAAAGUCAAGACUUUCAAUUCACCUUUAUUGUCCAAAACUGCACUCAAAAGAAGGCACAGGUAAGCCUUUACUUAUUGUUAUCUAUGUUUAGUCGAGUUUCAUUGUUGUUUCAGAAGAUUGGUGAAGGAUCUAGAAAAUCGUCGAUAGAAGAUAGUGAAAACCAAGAACCUGUUGUAAGUUUUCUUUAUUUCUUUUAAUAUGUUUAGGUAGUACAUUCUCUUAUUUAUGGUUAACUUAGAUAACACUUACAAAGGAUAGAAAGUGUAUUCUUACUUUUUGGCUUUUAGUUUAACCAGCCGAAGAAGAAGAUUCGUAGACAAAGCUCUCCUGAACGCAUCGGAGUAAAGGUAUUGCCACAAGAUCUGCGACUUGGAUGUAAAUUGAUUGUCAAAAGUUCAAAACCAUUUUCAUUUUCACCCAAGACUCUUCAGCCGACUUAUGAACACGAAGUUAGGCUAAGUAAGACGGUCUCUAAGUAUUUUUUGCACAACAACAAGGUAAGACAGCGCUCUUUGAAUUUUGACAGUUUCCCAUAUUUAAUUAGUACUUUUUUAAGUCGUGUGGAGAUUACUUAUAAAUUUUUAGGUAACAAAAGAUCCUGAACAUUUGUUGCAAGCUUCAUGUUUCUAUUAUCAAUUCCCACCUGAAAAGUUUCCUCGAUUAGAAGGAUCAAUAGGCCUUGGCAGAACUGACAAACGAAUCCAUCCUGUGACGAAAGAAGAUGCUGAAGUUACUGGUUUAAAAUGGUUGGUCAUUCAAUAUUCUUUUAGUAUUUAGCUGUUUAGUCUUUGGAUAAUGUAUUCGUAUCUAUUUUUGAUGUGUCUAUUGGCUCAAACAUUAUUUUUUUGAAAUUAUGUUUGUGUUUAGGCUUGACGCAUUCGAAGAUCUCUAUACGAUGUGGAAAGACCAUGAUCUCGACUCGUUUUACGUGUGUUCUACUACGUUUACUGUGUUGUUUAUAAAGCAUCAGAAGAGUGAAAUAGCUACGACUGAAGACAUCGAUCCAGGAGAAACUUCUUGUAUGGGUUUCAGCGAGUUUACACAAUAUAAAGCCGUGAUCACCCCAUCGUCUAGAAGUCUUCGGAAGCUGUUCAAUGAAAGUGGUAAGAGUUAUUUAUAUGACAGACCUUUUACUUCAUUUGAAUUAAAAAACGUAAUAUAAGUAGUACUAUGUAUAAGGGCUUUACUGGUAAAUUGCUUGUGUGAUCAGACUUUCUUUUAAACAAGGUUUGCCCAAGAAUCAGACAUGGGGUGUUCAAAAAUUUCAAACUAUUUUAAAAUUGUUUAUUUUUUGACAAGAGGUAGUACUUAGGCAUAGAAAUGCAAAAAUAUAAAAAAUUUUUCAAAAUUUGGGUUACGGAGAUUUUUUUAAAUUGUUUGUCGCUAUAAGACAUUCAUUUUAUCUGUUGAAAACUUUUUUUUAUUAUGCCAGGAAGGCAUUGAAAAAAAUUAAAAUUUGCCAAAAAAUCAUGAAAAUUUUACGAAAUUUAAAGUGUCUCAAAAAAACUUCACAUGUGAUAAACUUUUGAUGAUAGCUGGUAUAACUACAUGCUAUUGCGGUUUAAAUGACACUAAUUUUGGGUUUUGCCAGCGGGGCCCGCGGUAGCUACGAAUUUUUAAAGUUAACACCCUAGGGUCAUUUAGCAUAGGAUUUAGCUGUAAUUUCAUUCAAAAAGUUUAAAAAAGAUGCACGGCACAUAUUGCAAGUUUUAUAAGUGUUUAAAAAUAAUUUCUUUUAUAUUGCCUUAGGGAAUUUGUAAUUAAAAAAAAUUAUUUUUUUUUCAAAUUUAAAUUUUAAAAAAAUGUUAAAGCUUGUAAAUUAAAAUAAUAUGCCUUGGCUUUUGGUAAGUGACUUAUACAAGAUCUGUACGCAAAAAAACAAAAAAAAAUUUUUUUUUGAAAAAUUGGGCCACAGGGGGGGGGGACCUGUAAACGAAAAAAAUUUUUUCGACUUUCCCCCACAGAAAAUCAGUAGCAACGUUCCUAUAUAGGUCACUUAUUAAAAGCCAAUGCAUAUUAAUUUGAUUUCCAAGCUUUAAAAAUUUUUUUAAAAUUUAAAUUUGAAAAAAAAAUAAUUUUUUUAAAUUACAAAAUCCCUAAGGAAAUAUAAAGGAAAUUGUUUUUAAACGCUUAUAAAACUUGCAAUAUGUGCCGAGCAUCUUUUUUAACCUUUUUAGAAUCAAAUUACAGCCAAGUCCUAUGCUAAAUGACCCUAGGGUGUUAACUUUAAAAAUUCGUAGCUACCGCAGGCCCCGCUGGCAUGACCCAAAAUUAGUGUGAUUAGAACCGUAAUAGCAUGUAGUUGUACCAGCUAUCGUCAAAAGUUUAUCACAUGUGAAGUUUUUUUUGAGAAAUUUUAAAUUUCGUAAAAUUUUCAUGAUUUCUUUGCAAAUUUUUAAUUUUUUUUCAAUGCCUUCCGGGCAUAAUAAAAAAAAGUUUUUAACAGAUAAAAUGAAUGUCUUAUAGUGACAAACAAUUUAAAAAAGUCUCAUUCAAUUCUGACAUUUGGCACAAUAGUUACAAAAAAAGUUUAAAUCCUACCGUAAUCCUACCGUAACCCGAAUUUUAAAAUUUUUUUUACAUUUUUGCAUUCCCAUUCCUAAGUACUACCUCUUGUCAAAAAAUGAACAGUUUUAAAAUAGUUUGAAAUUUUUGAACACCUCCGUCUGAGCCAUGUUCGAUUCUUGGGCGAACCUUGUUUUAAAGAAUUGAAACUUUUUAGAAAUCAGCUAUACCAGAGCUUUUGUCAGAGGAGAGGAUACUGUUGACUCCAUGCCAUCGUUCAACGAAUCUUAUUCUCAAGAUAACCUUGACGUAUCUUCGUUUUCAUUACAGAGUCAAAAGACGGAACGGGCUACUACUCCAGAAACCAGCUUUACCAUGUUGGAAGCUCCAAAGCCUGAAGAUGAAUAUAUUAGGUAAAGUUUUAAUAUUUGUUGGUAGUGUUUCAUUCUAAUUUAGAGAAAUUUUACUCUUAGAGCAAAAGUCUUACUGUUGACUUAUAUAUAAUUUCAGUCCAAUGAAGCUAGGAGAAGAUGCGACAAACGAUGACUUCUUGAGAACUAUUGGUCUCAGUCCUAGUGUCGUAGUCAAGUCAGAAACCCGAGAUUCACAAUCUUGUAGUCAAUUUACGGAUCAGAACACUCAAGAUACUCUUAAUCCGUCAGCUGGUACUACACUCGUUUUGUCAGACAUUAGUUCGAUUGAUGCCUUCAGGUCAUUACUAUGCAACAACAAAACGGGUUGGGUGAGAACAGGGCCGGAGUCUGGUACCCCACCUACGUUAAUAUGUGCCCAACAGUUUUUAAAUGCGCCUUUGUCAUCCUUAAAGGUACGCUUUUGAAUUCACAUUAUGUGGUAGAAAAUGAUACUUUUUUCUUUCAUGUGCCAAAUAGAAAUAAUUAUUUUAAUUUCAGUUAAGGACACAAAAGCUACGGAAGGAGAAGAACCAAUAUGUCCUGGAGAUAUUCGGGGGACCAAUUUUGCCCCAUCUUCCGCAGAAAGUGUCAGAAUACUUGGAGAAGGUUAAUUGUUUGACUACAAAUGCUACUCUACACUUUCACGUCAAUGGAAGGGAUCAUUACGAUGGGUUAAAUGAAGCAGUUUCAUUUGAGAUGAAGAACAUAAACAACUACUCUUAUGACACAGUCAAAGCACAGUACGAGUAUUAA